AUGGCUGUGAGAUUUUCAUCUCAAGUUGGUAUUCAUUUGGAGCAGCAGUCCAUGUGCCCUCAGAUCAGCAUUGGGGAGGAUCAUUUCCCAGGAUUUUAUAUCAUGUCACAGUUCCACAUUGCUGAGUUGGCAAGAAGGGGCACUGUGAAAAAGGUGGCUGGACCAUCUCCUCAGAAUGUUGCUUAUCAAAUAGGCCCAGCAUUCAACUUCAGAAUCAACACAAGAUCAGCCUAUCCGCUUGGAUUGCCGGAGGAGUUUGCCUUUGUGGCAGUGCUGCGCAUGAGUGGCAGCACCGUAAAUCAAAACUGGAAUAUCUGGCAAAUGCAAGAUGUGAACGGCGACGAGCAGAUGGCGGUCAGACUCAACGGGGAAUCCAAGUCGUUGGAGUUUACUUUCACAGCGCUAAACGGAGGGAGGCAGACUGUCGUUUUCAGCCCCCUGGGGUUUCUUUUCAAUGACCAGUGGCACAGAGUGUUCCUGGAAAUCAGCAGGGACUCUGUGGCCCUUUUCGUGGACUGUGUCCUGAUCGAUUCUCAGGAUAUUCCACCCAGACUAGAAGUCAGCCUUGAUGGCUUCACGUUAAUAGGAAAGCUCAAGGAUAACCCGGUGGUAGCAGUUCCGUUUGAACUGCAGUCAAUGCUGAUUCACUGCGAUGUGACUCGAGCCCGGAAGGAAGAAUGUUAUGACCUCCCAGCCUGGGCAUCGCCCCUCCCUGUGGUGUUCCCCUGCAAACCCUCCAAUCACUUCCUGUAA